AUGAUGUCUUUCAAAGUUCUCUCUCUGCUCCUCGCAUCUCUGGGGUUUGUUUUGAUGGAAGAGAACGUCUCAGGUUUAAGCAUCAGCAUCCCCAGUGCCAGACCAGUGCAGCGGCGCUACUCCGAGGCCACCCUGGCAAGCGACUACAGCCGCACGAUGGACACCAUGCUGAAGAAGAACUUUGUGGAGUGGUUGCUGGCCAGACGGGAGAAGAAAAGCGACAGCGCCGCGGAGCUGCGCAGGAGGGAAGCUGAGCCCCGAGGUCCAGCUGGGGACGGCCAGAGCUUCGACCUGGGCGCUCAGGGAGCCAAGGACUUCUUCACCUGGCUGCUGAAAGCCAAGAAAAACCAGAGUUUUACUUCUCUGGAAGGUUCAGAAGGUUUGAAGGAUGUUUUGAACCAGGACUUUCUGACAUGGCUGAUGUCGACUGAUCUCUGCAGACCAGCGACUGCGUAGCUCCAGGACCCCCCAGGGAACGCUCUCCUCACCCCAGCAAGACCCGCGAGGAGGAGGAAGGGACCCUACAUUCACUCCCUUCUGUGCAUAUUGUCCGUUUUGCUAAUGCAGGCAAUAAAGAGUUGGGUUUGAAGCUGAAGUAAGAUUCGGAGAAGAACCAAUUUGGGGAUGGGCUAUAAAAUAUGAGUUAAAAAAAAUACGUAUGUC